AUGUGGAAUAACAUACAAUCAAGAGUGGACCUCUCAUAUAACAGUACGAUCGACGUUGGAGAUUCUCCGUUUAUCGAACUGUGUUUGUACCUAAUGCUACAAUUUUCCAGCCAAUCUGGAUCCGGUGGUUCAACUGGACAAACUCAGUCAAAAGGUGGAGCAAGUAGUGGUCAAUCAGCUAGUACACCAGCAGGAGGAGCAUCUACACCUAGGAGUGGUACUCAACAACCUUCAAGUCAACCAGCGGGUGGAGCCAGUCUAACAUCUGGUAGCGCUCAAGGUUCUAGAACCGGUACUCAACAAUCUGCCGGUUCACAAGCUGCAAGGACUGGUUCUCAACAACCUUCAAGUCAACCAGCGGGUGGAGCCAGUCUAACAUCUGGUAGCGCUCAAGGUUCUAGAACCGGUACUCAACAAUCUGCCGGUUCACAAGCUGCAAGGACUGGUUCUCAACAACCUUCAAGUCAACCAGCGGGUGGAGCCAGUCUAACAUCUGGUAGCGCUCAAGGUUCUAGAACCGCUGCAAGGACUGGUUCUCAACAACCUUCAAGUCAACCAGCUAAUGAAGGUACUGGUACAAGUCCAACAUCGGGAGGUGGCACUCCACCAGCCAGUCCUGCCAGUGGUACCGAUGGUAGUGCUAAAGCUAGUGAAACUACUAAUAAGACGGGAGUUGAACUUAGUCUUAAAGCUACAGCUUCUACUGACCAGUUUGAUCACAAUAAAAAUAAUAAAAUAGUCACUUAUACAGCCAAAGAUACCUAUGGUUUCAAAUCGGUUAAAACAGGUGAUACUGUUGUCUGGAGCACUACUAAUGCCAGUGAGUAUGCCAGUAAAGUAGUUCUGAAUGGGAAGGGUAAUAAGAAAAAAGAGGUUACAAUUCACCUGCCUAAUAAUACCAAAAAAGUGUUUAAGAGAGAAUCAAAGGGUAAGCCUUGGAAUGAUGUGAGUUCGGAAAAAACGGGAAUUGAAUUGAAUUUGGAAAGUUCUGAAGGAACCGAUGAAUACGAUCGUAAAGAAGAUAAUAAUAAAAGGGAUAUAACUUUUACUCCCAAAGAUAGCAAAGCCUUUAAAUUGGUUAAAAAGGGUAAUGAUGAAAUAUGGAAGACAGACAAGGCCGACCAAUUUGCAAAUAAUGUGGAGUUACAUAAUUAUGAACAUGCUGAUGAACACGAGGUUAUUAUCACAUUCUCUGAUGGUAAGACUAAGAAGUUUAUCAAAACAGCAAACGCAUCCUGGAAAGAAAUUGACCUUAAUGGAAAAACAACCGUAACAAUGAAUGUUAACUCUGAAAAGGAGAGCUGUAAGUACAGUAUUACAGUAGAAGGGACGAAAAGAACAUACGAAGCCAAGGCUGGAAUCGUUUUUAAUAACGUCUUGGAAUGGGAUGGAUCAACUAAAUACGAUAUAUGGUCAACCAGUAACCAGGCUGAAUUUUCAAAGAAAGUGGUGAGAGAGGAUAAGAAAGUAACGAUACACAUUGGAGAUGAUGGUACUUCCACUAAGACGUUUAACAAAGUUGAUUUUGGUGGAGAUUCCUGUAGAGUAUCCCUUUUGGAUAAAAACGAUAAAAUAACUCUGCACGUCAAUCGAGUUUCAAAUAGACAAACUCCAACUAUAGUUUCAUUUGAUAAAAGAACAAGAAUUUACGGAGAGGAAGCCGAAGCUCGUUCAUCCACUUUGUUUAAACACACAGUGCCGCUCUUAUCGUAUGUUGUUGGACUGGACAAGCAUCAGCUGUUGCGAUUCAUCAAAAGUAAAAAAUACCUGUUCUUUGCCGAUUUUAAUGAAGAAAAUGGCUCAUUUAAUGUGACCUUUGACGAUGCACCGCUGUCAGUAUUGCCGAGUGAGGUGUACUCGUUCUUUUUGAACAAGGUGCUGGAUACAGUGAGACAGGAGUGUAAUUUGAGCGCGGACAACGAGGGACUGUAUAUAUCAUUGGGAGUGCCAAGUUACUUCUCCGAGGAGUUCAAGGAGCGUAUACAUAGGGCGUUGCUAAUAUCAAACAUUAAACGAGUUAAACUGUUUAAGGAGUCACAAUGUAUACUGAAGAGGUGGGCAGACGCUCAGCUGUCGGACUUGUACCAAGAGUACGUGAAGACGCGCAACGGAGCAAACGGAGACGGUACGGGUGAUACGAACAUGAAGAUUGGAUUCUUGGACGUUGGAUUUGGACACGCAACAUUCUUUGUGGCCGAAGCAGUUUCUGAGGACGAGCAAAUGUCAACAAGCAUACUGUCAGAAUCAUCAUCAGACCUGAUAUCUACAUACAAGGUUAUUGAGGCACUGUGUGACCACGUUAAAGGGUUAAUUGAGGCGAAAGGAUCCAAAGUAAAUGUACCAUCGAGACAAUCGUAUUACUUAUAUAAAGCGUGUGUGAAAUGUGUUAAAGAAUUGAGUGUGUUGAACGACGCAAAAAUGGACGUAGAAAGAGUCAUGGACAACGACGAGGAUUUUAGUACCAGUGUCACGCGAAACACGCUGGAGCAGUUGGUGAAGCCAGUAGAGGGUCAUCUGUGCGCCCUGAUGGACGAAGUGAUAGGGAAAACGGAUAGAAAGAAUUUCCUGUCGAUUGAAAUAUUGGGAGGAGGAUCGAGAAUACCAUUCGUUAAAAAUGUUGCAAGUAAAUAUGCAGAGUCGUUGGGGUGUGUGAAGGGGGUGAGAACGUCAUUGGACACAACAUCGGCAAUCUCGUACGGUGCAACGAAGCUAUUGAAAGACAAUCUAACGAGCACAGGAGUGGUUGACGUUGGGCCCUAUGGAAGUGGCGUUAGCACUGCUGGUGCUGGUGCUGGUACGAGUAUGGGCACAGGUACCGGCAAUGCCACUGGUACUGGCACUGGCACUGGUACUGUUACUGGUACUGGUAAUAUUGAUACUGGUACUGUUACUGGUACUGGUAAUACUGAUACUGGUACUGUUACUGGUACUGUUACUGUUGCUGGUACCACGAAUACACCAACAGGCGUUGUCACUGAAGAUGAAGAGUUGCUGGAGCUGAUAAAGAAGGAAAAGCACAUGCAGGAGGUGGAAAAUGAACAGAUGCUAAAGAUGGCAACGCUGAAUGAAAUGGAUAACUACCUGAUAAGAACGAAAUCGGACCUCUUGGGAGGAUAUAAGGAGCACUUUGAAGAUAAACACGAGGAUGUAAAAAGGGUGUUGCAGGAAUUGGAAACAUUUAGCUACAAUGCGCUGAGUGAUAAGACAGUAACGUCGAAGGCAUGCCAAGAUGAAUUGAAACUGACACAAGAGAAAUUAUACGAAUUGGCGCCGAAGUAUAAGGAGCAAUUGGAAGAAGAUUUGAGAAAGCUGGAAGCAAGUAAGAUUAGGAGUAGCGGCAACAUGGGAAAUGAAGAAGGAGGAGCUUAUAACAAUAUUAGCAUCAACGGCACUGGAAGUAAGAUGGACAGCCUGGCAGAAAGUGACGUGGUACUGCCGAAUAAGACGUGCAUAAAGAGGGCCCAGAAAAACAAAGAUGAAGGAAAUGAGCUUAUAGGAGCCGGAAACGUAGAGCUGGCGAUACAGCACUACGUGAAGGUGCUGCAAUACUGCGGAAAGGUCAACUCGCCCAACGAGGAGGAAAAGGAAACAAUCAACGGGCUGAGAUUGGCCUCAAAUUUAAACCUGGCAAUGUGCUAUUUGAAGUUGGAUGUGCCGGCUAGCCUAAAUAAGGCAGUCUCCUGCUGCACUUCGGCGUUGUCAAUAAGUCCUGAGAAUACAAAGGCGCUAUUCAGAAGAGCAGUGGCCUACGAAAAGUUAAACGACUUCGAUAACGCACUGAACGACGCGAAAAGAGGAUGCGAAAUAGACUCGAGCAACCAGGACUUUAAAAACGGGGGGUCGAGGUACGACAGAAAGAUCAGCAGGCUCACGGACCGGGUGAAGUACGCGAUAUUCUUCGCACACACUGCGACGAAGAGGAGGUACGCGACGCUGGGGCUAGGGAGCCUCUGCAACUCGAAGGAAACAGUGCUCGAAUCAUCGCUGUCCAACGACCUGGAUAACUGCUCAGAUUCGACACAGUCGUGCGCGACGAACCAGUUGCACAAGGCCAACGGCUUGUAUGUGUCAGGGAAAAACGGCAUCCGUUACCUGAGCAUGGAUCAAGGCCCCGCCGGCGACGACGGCUGUGUGAGCGACGGCUUCAUGGACGAGUACGAGGACGUGGACGAGUUCGAGGACGUCGCGGCACUCAUGAGGUCGACGAGAAGGUGCAGAGACGAGCUGGUAAACAGGCUGAACACGUCGUUCAACAGGGGCGCCGACUUUAAGCUUCUGUGCUCCCUCGCGCCCAUCGAGUACAGGAUCAACUCACUCAGAGGCGCCCUGACGCACCUAAACAACAUGGGCGUGACCCAUAACUUGCUGUAA